AUGGCGGAAUGCUUGCUCAAGAAUGAUCUUCAUGAAGUUGGCUUUAACGGUCCUAGAUUUACAUGGUGUAACAAUAAGGUCGGUGGUUCUAGAAUACUUGAAAGAUUGGAUAGGUGCUUUGUAAAUACGGAUGCUUUAAGAUCUCCUUUUCAUUCGGUAGAAAGAAAUUUGGCUAGAAUAGCGUCGAACCACUGUCCAAUCUUAUUACAGUUUCAAAAUUUCUGUCCUAAUUCCAGUAAAAUUAUCAAAUUUGAAAACUAUUGGGCUUCAUAUCAAGCUUCAUUUGGGGUGGUGAGAAAGGAAUGUUGUAGGAACUAUCAAGGAAGCUAUUCUCAAGUUCUCAACAAAAAAUGUAAAAGAGCCCUGAAGUCAAUAUUCUAUUGGAUCAAGUCUAAGUAUAAAGAUCUAAAUAAGUUGAAAGAUGAUCUCAUGGAUGAGAUUAUGGAACUUCAAAACAAAGUGUCUUCCUUAGGGAGUCUCUCUGAACAAGACUAUUGGAACCUUAAAGCUAAGGUGAUGGAUCUAAAUGCUACCAUGGCAAGAUUGAAUACUUGGUGGAAGCAAAGAGCCAAAGUAAAGUGGUUCAAUGAAGGAGAUGGUAAUUCUAAGUUUUUUCAUACUUAUACUAGUGCUAGAAGGAACUCCAACAAGAUAAUAAAGGUUAAAGAUGAAAAUGGGAUAUUGGUGGAAGAUCAAAGGCAAAUGGAGGAAGUUUUUAUGCGGUUUUUCCAAAAUAAAUGGGAAGCUAGAAGGAGUAAUCUGGAAGGUUGGCCGUCACCUAUCAAUCGCUUGAAUAAUUGGGACAUAAUUUUUUUGCAUUCGGAUUUAUCACUAGUUGAAGUAGAAGAUGUCUUAAAAUAA